GUCCGAGGAGCAAGGUGAGGGCCGGUGAAGGCAGCUGAGAAUCGUGUGGGAUGGCAGCUCUCCAUCAGCUGCUGCACGCUCUGACCAAGGAGCGGCCACAGACACUUUCGACAACUUGGACCUCAUCCCCAUGUCCGCGGGCACAGGAAGUGCGACGGUUGUCUCCCUCUCUCUCGUCCAUUGACCGCUGGAACUGACCCAUCGAUUGAGUGAGGAGCUGAGGCCACAUCCAACGAAGCUUUCGUCAACUGGACGAGUGACGCGACGUGUUCGCUUGUAGCUGCCUGCUUUUAUUUUGGCGCGGGUUCUCGCCGUGAGCGUGCCUUCCGGUCGCAUCAGCGAGAAGCGUUAGCGGAAUGAAACAAACGUUCCCACCGGCGCGUGGAUACCGAGGAAAGGCCUGGCUGUUGUCUUAGUUUCCAUGGCCUGCGGCUCGACUUCCUGUGGUGGGCAGGUUCACGAGUGAGGACCAUCUGGAGUUCAUUGAUGAGCGGAGGACCCAGAGCAGACCAGGCUGGCCUUGGAAACACGCCUCCCUGACGAGCACCGGGUCACUGUGGUCUCUGAACCGCACGGUUCGGUCUCAUGACGCGGACUCGCCUUUGCUUGUACUGCUCGUGUAAACACUAGUACGCGGCUCGUUGAAGUUGCGUUCACGAUCAGCUUUGUUUCUCUUCCAUGAAAACACGCACACGCACUCAGAGAUGUGCCUUAGUGUAGCGAGUGCACGCUCGUUUCAGCAUCACUGAAGAACCGAUGAGUGGCACGUGAUCAGUGUUUACCUUUUCACGGGAUCACAUGAGAUGCCACGGUCUUUGUCAGUCCCGCAAAUGUAAAUCAGACCAGCAGGUAAAAACCACAUGAUCCAAGUGAUCUGGAUCACUGUGUGUGUGUGUGUGAGCUGCAGUGUUGUUCCCCUCAGUGAGCAUGGUCUCCUAAAGUGCUGCUCUCCUCUCCCACACAGAAGCCAACCACAAACCCAGUGGACGUGUUCAGAGGGGCGGCUCACCUGCUGACCAUGAUUCCUCCGGUGGUCGUCGCACGGUAGACUCGGGGUGAAGCCUGUGCUGAGCGCAGUUCCUUCUGCAGAUCGGCCUCAUUUAUUGGUCUGCUCCUCCCUCGCAGUCAGCCCUAAACCUUCUCUCUUGAGCCAAUCACAUUCCCAGGGGGGAACAGGAAUGUCUUUGUGCCAGCCGGGUUUCUCAACAGGCCACUCUCUGAGGGAAGGGGAUUUAUUUGUGGGUCAAAGCAGAGCAGAAAAGCUCUUGCAAAAGUGUCAGGGAUUUUCUGAUUGUUUAAAUCAAGCGGUGUCGUACAAAGUAAGGUCCAUUCAGGCUGGACAGGCCUCGACUCACGGUGACACCACUGUUUGUGUGGAGUGAGUGGAACGGUGAAUUGAGGAGGUAAAUAGCAUUAAGAACGUAAGAUCGUGACUUGAAACACGAACAGCACUUGAUGGGAAUGUGACAAAGAAUACGAUGGAAUCACGUCUCUGUUUUUCAAGACAGGCACAGCUCAUAGGUGACGAUAAGUGGCAUCGUCAUGGCGUGUCAGCAUGUUCCUGCGCUUUCCUCCCCGCAGCUCUUAGCGUCUGGCGUCACCACGGAUGGUGGCCAUUGCACCAAACAUGUUCUUUGCUUUCAACACAAAGGUCAUGCCAGCGUGAGAUAAUCCAGUGGUAGGGAUUACUCUGGACAAAUGUGCCAUUGUUUCUGCUGAGACGACAAGAACAGGCUGCUCAAGAGCACUUCUCAUUGGUUCCUACUGUUUUGCUGGAAAACAUUGACAUGUCUAGUCAAUCAGCAGGUGCUAAAUGGCAACAGCCUGUAGAGUCCUCAAGUGACGUGGCGUUCUGGACGGACGAGGAGUCUGACUCGUUCGCCGGAGGCCGCUUUAUUCCAUUCUGAGUUGGUGAGGUUGGGCCAAUAAAGUGCUGUGAGGUAUUCACUGGAGAGAAGAGACGACUUUGAUUUAUUUAUUUUUUUUAACUAGAAACCAAACCAAGCACUGGACGCUGGAUGACCAUUGUGAGGGUUGGAGAGACCCCAGGGCGACCUCUGCUGGCUGCUCAGCGCGACAUUACUACUUAGGAUCGCUAGGCGUCGCUGCAUCCGGUUAGUUGGCGCUUGCGCACAUUGUUCGAGAGUGGCUCACUAUGGCGUCGAGUUGCAGCAACCUCUCGCUGUAGUCAAUAGUUGCGCUCCACCGCGUGCUGUUUGUUUUUAAAGCACCAGACCAGCCCGACCGCCGCCAGCUAAGCCAUAGCCACCGUACCCUUCGGAUCCUGUUGCGGAGGACUGGGUCGCAGACAUGAAUUACACGACGAAGGUUGUCCAGGUGACGAACGUGUCUCCGGCCACAACAUCCGAGCAGAUGAGGACGCUCUUCGGCUUCCUUGGCACCAUUGAGGAACUCAAGCUCUUCCCACCAGAUGACUCCACGAUGCCGGUGACGUCGCGCGUCUGCUUCGUCAAGUUCCACGAGCCAGAAUCGGUGGGCGUGUCUCAGCAUUUGACUAACACAGUGUUUGUGGACAGAGCGUUGAUCGUGGUGCCCUUUGCUGAAGGCUCCAUCCCAGACGAGGCCAAGGCGUUGUCGCUGCUGGCGCCGGCCAACGCCGUGGCAGGAAUCCUGCCUGGAGCCGGGCUCCUCCCCACGCCCAACCCCAUGCCCAACCCCGCCAUGGGAGGGAACCCGUUUGCGGGCCUCAGCAUGGACGCCAUGGCCGCCUUUGGAUUCCCCGGCGCCAACAUGAACGCACAGACGGCCGAUCUGCUCAAGCUCAUGACGGAUCCCAAGCUGAACCCCCUGGCUGCUGGACUCAACCUCAACGCCGGCCUGAAGCCUGACGCCGCCACCAAGGAGAUCGAGGAGGCCAUGAAGCGCGUGCGGGAGGCGCAGUCGCUCAUCUCCGCUGCCAUCGAGCCUGGAAGCAAGGAGAGCCGGAGCAAGCGGUCCAGGUCCAGGUCUCGGCGGAGGAGGUCCAGGUCUCGAUCUCGACACAGGAGGAGCAACAGCAGGUCGCGGCGCCGCUCCUCGUCCAGGAGCCGGAGGCGCUCCAAGAGUCCGCGCCGGAGACGGGAGCCGUCCAGAGAGCGAGGCCGGCGCUCCAGGAGCAGGUCCAGGAAGAAGGAGGAGUCCUCCCGGAGGAAGUCCAAGACCCCCCCGAAGAGCUACAGCACGACCCGGAGGUCCAGCAGCGCCAGCCGGAGGCGCAGGAAGAGUCGCAGCGCCAGCAGGUCGCCCAAAAAGUCCCCCAAGAGGAGGAGCUCCCGCUCGCCGUCUCCUCGCAGACAUAAGAAGGAGAAGAAGAGGGAGAAGGAGCGCGAGCGGCGGAGCGAGAAAGAGCGCGGCCGCGAAGAGCGCGAGCGCUCCAGCAGCAAGAAGAAGAAGAGCAAAGACAAGGACCGCGAGCGCGAGAGGAAGUCGGACGGCGACAAGGGCGACUCAAAGAUCACCAGGGAUUACGACGAGGAGGAACAGGGCUACAACAGCGAACACGAGCGGGAAAGGAAGUACGGCGAGGAGUCGGCCUUCUCUCCCGAGGGGAACGGCAAGCCGCGCUCCAAGCACCAGGCUAAGGUCAACGGCGAGGAGCAUCACCAGGAGGACGACAUGGAGGUCAGCGACUGAGGGGCCGCGCCACCGUCCGUCCCACCUUUCCUUAGUUGUUUUUAAGUACCGGAUCAGGAGCUGGUCUUUCCCCGUCAACAGGAAGCGCUUUGCUUCCGCCGCUCGUUUCUUUGAUCCCCGCCUCUGCCAGUGUUUCCUGUCGCUCGGGCUGCUGUUUGUGUUCGGCUUCUAAAUUAAACCCCUUGUUUAAAGUGUUUUAGCUUGGCUUUCUUUUAUACAAUAAAACCAGUUUGGAAAAUGACGG